AUCAACCAUCACAACAAAAAUCCAGAGAAAAACAAGGAAGUGAACGGUCACGUAACUCUGAACUGUAAUCUCAAUUUUUAGUAUUCAAACGGUCCUUCUAUAAAAUACUUUUAACUUCAGAAUAAUUGUAUUCGACGCAUUAAACUACACACCAAUUCAGGACAAUGAACAACAAAGGUUCCUAUCCCCAGCAAGCUGUGUACCCUCAGCAGAGUAGUGCACCCAUCUACCCACCUGCUAUGCAAGUGUCUCCCCAGGCACCACCUUAUUCAGACGCCCCACCUGCAUACUCUGAGAUCUAUCAGCCCAGGUAUGUGCACCCAUCUCAGGCUGGCCAGCUACAGCAAAUGUCUCAGUACCCUGGCACUCAGAUGUACAUGCAACUGCCCCAGUCCAUGGCUGUUGGACCAAUGGGCCACAAUGUCCCCAUGGCGUACUACCCCAUGGGAGCCAUGUAUCCCCCUGGCUCCACUGUGCUAGUGGAGGGAGGAUAUGAUGCUGGUGCUCGCUUUGGUCAAAGCAACAGUGCUUCCAUCCCACCCCCACCUCCCGGCCACAUGCCUAAUGCAGCUCAGCUGGCCGCCAUGCAGGGUGCCAACGUCAUGAUGUCACAGCGCAAGAACAACUUCUUUGUGGGUGGCUCCAAUGGCGGGUACACCAUCUGGUAACAGCCAGCGUUUUCCGCAACCUCUCCCCUUACUCCUCUCCCUCAUUCAAAAUGAUGACGCCCUCUCCUGUCCCAUCCGCCAACCCCUUUCGGGGAUACUGAUAUCACCUAACGGAAUGUAAUAUUUUAGAGCCCUGAUAAAAGGUACAGUACUCCACUUCGUAAGCAAAACGGUCCUAAUUACUGGUUCAUAAUUUGGGCUGCUGAACUUGUUCCCUGACCUUACAAGGAUAGUGCUGCUGUCUUAGGUCAAAACACAUUUCACAUGUUAUAUUUCCUUUAAUGCAUGACAUCAAUCUACUCUCAUAGCACUGUCCCCAUUUUGUACUUGAUAACUAAUGUUCAUGUUUAUAAACACUCGUUGGACUUGGCCUAAUGUCUUCCUUACAAAGAGUGCUACUGAUCCAAGUAGAGCAUCAUAUAUACUUUAGUUUUCGCUGUUGCAUGGCAUGUUGAAUAGACCCAGUUGGCCUAUCUAAAAUCAGUUUCUGCGACCACUGGAUUCAUUUCAAUCGGAUCAAAUAGACGUACCAGAAUACUGGUAUGUUAAACAACAAGAACCCAAACAAGAAUGGAUCACAAAAUGAUUACCAGAUAACAUGCCAUGGUGGUUUACUGUACCUUCUUGGGCAACCAUAGAUGAACAUAAUCGGCGUCCCAAAGAGCACCGUCACUUAAAUAAAAGCAAAUUAACUUAAAAUACGUAGAAUGAAGUUGAGAUUUGGAUCAUCGAAAGGGUUGGUUGGCUUUACAUUUUUGCAGUUAUUGGUUUUAAUUUUUGCCGUUUUAGUUUUUUCCCCUCUAAAUCGGAUACCCAGACUUGUACAUCAUCCCAGUGUUUGGUUUCCUUUAGUAAAAAAAAAAUGGCACCCACCUGUUCUUAAACACUUAAAAGCACUGUCAUGUAAACGAGAAUCAUCUAAGAUCAGGGGGUUAUUAAGAGUUAAACACUUUACUUUAAUCCUUCAUUAUAUAUAAGGACUGUGAGGGUUCAAUUACAAUGUAACCGGUUUGUUUACUUUAAAUAUUUAUCACUUUCGGGCACAUCUUAGUGAUUUGUUUGAAUUAUUAGUUAAUGUUAGUAUAACCAAUUAGCUGGUUGUACCAAAGAAAUGGUCUAGACUGCACUAGUAAAUGUUUGGUUGUGACUUAUAAUUAUAGUAAUUGAAAUAUGGCACAUUUUGAAAAGCAAACAUCAGAUUUAAGGAUGCAGUGAUGAUUUUGAUGGUACUUAAGACCUUCGAUCUGGCAUUGCUGUUGUAUUUUUUAAUGGGGUGCUUAAAUGUUUAAUGUAAAUGUGACUAGGUGGUUCUGCAUGCUUUUUUGCACUUUUGCUCUGUACAAUUUUGAUUUUUGUAAAGAUGUAUCAUUGCUAAUUUUUAUAGAAAUACCACAAGCAUUAAUUUAUGUGCACUGCUGGAAAUAGAUUUUGCUACUUGUUUUUAGUACAAAUGCUAAUAACCUGCAAAUACAGUGCUAUGCAUGUUACUCUUUCCUGUCCAACUUUUUUAGAAUUCAUUUAAAUGUACUUUCACUCCAAAAUGGGGGUGUUCCUAAAUGUUUUAGGACUGCAGAAAAUCACUUGCUUAUUGUUCCCAAUUAGUUUAAUAUAGUGUUAAGCCACAUUAUUUCUGAACAUUUUCUUAUAAAUAAAAAAUAUGCAUUGCAUCAGUGGAGCUUACAACUGUUGACACAGUUUAUUUUCCAAUACACUUGUGCUGCUAAUUAAACUACUGUAUAAACUUUAAUAAAUAUCUAACACUAGGUUUGAUCUAGUUUGUGAGACCAUGUCUGCAUACAAGAAUUUGAUAUUUUGGUUGAAACAUGAUUCAUUGGUCUUUAUUUUUCCUCCUGUUCGGAUAGAAAUGAAUGUCACUGGGUAUCUGACAUAAUAGCCUAGAUUUGAUAGUUGUAGUCCUCAUGGAAAUAGAAGUAGUCUUCACUGAAAUGUGAAUUCCAGGUCACUUUGGUCAGUUGACCAGCUGUCUGGUAAACUGCUAGCCAAGCAUGCGACCUGUUUGCACAUGUAUUAUCAGACUGCAUCUGUUCUUGGUAACACUGAUCACAUGACCAGCCACCAUUCCAAACAUGGUUAUCAUGUUACUCAUAUUUUGCACAGCUGUAAAUGUGUAUCCCAUUCCCAAAUACAUGCUGAUGCUUCAUACCAUUUAAAAACUGUCACGGCUUUCAAAAUGUAAACAAAAAUAUAUUCCUUCAAAUGUUACAUUUUUUUGUUUUCUUUGUCCAAGACCUGGCUAUUGUUUAAUGUAGCAACAUAAUGGUGGCUUAGACCCAGCAAUAUGAUGUACUAAUGCUUACCAGUAGAUGCCAUGCCAACCACAGCCAGUGUGGAGUAAACAAAGGAUAUACGGACAUUUAUAGUUCAGGGAUUCUCUUAACAUUUUUAUAAUAUGGAUAUGUAUUAAAGUGAUUUGAUGGUC